AAUAAAAAAAUCGAAGAACCAUGCAUUGUCGGUGACGAUAAGUUAUGCCGCCAAUACAGUUAUCCCAAUGCGUCCUGGUUUGACCAAAGUCUCGGUGGUGGAGGAUUUAUAACUUACGGAGGCAGUGUUAGUAUACUUGGCGAAUAUUACGACGACACGAAACAUUUGCAUGAGUUGGGAGUAACCAACCGAAUACCUUUGCUGAACGCUAAACAACCAGAUAUCACUUAUAACAUUACCGUGAGAAAACCAGGGCGGUACGUUAUCGUUAUGAAUUAUUUGACUCCUUUGAACGACCCCGAUACGCACACUAUUAAGGUAGAUGUUGUGGCGCAGAAUGAACAAAAUCAUGGUCGAAUUAUUUUCUACAACUGCCCGUAUACAAUGGUGUGCAGGCAAGUGGUGACGGAUAAGCAGAACGGCGUUGGUAUUUACUCAGUUGAUGGGAACUCUAUAAGCGUUACAUUGCAGUCGGUUAAGGCGAAUGUAGGAAUUCACUCUGUGGUGGCAAUUCCAAUAGAAGAAUGGUCCCUAGAUUUCAUUAAGCCGAAACCCGUUUGCGUACGAAAGAAUGGAAAAUGCGCGCAGUCGACUUAUAUCAAUCCACCCGAAUCGAAAAAGAUACAAUUUGAACAAGACAGCGAAGGAAUGAGCAAUCGGACGAUUUACAAGUUAACGAACGAAAGCUCCUUCAUACAGAUAAAUCCUUUGGAUGACAUGAUCGAUUUACACGGCAAAGUAAACAGUCCGGGGGUGUACGCCUUUAUCGUGCAAUAUUUUCAACCUGACUUCGCGCAAUUUAAUCUGGACGCAAUUUUGCAAAACGGUGAAUUCUACGAAGCUCACUUGCCUGUGCCUCACUGUCCGUCCCCGAACGGUUGCCGUUCGUUGCUCACUGAAAACAAUGGUAACACCUUCUUUAGCCUUACAGAAAAUUUUAUGGUCACACUGAAGGACGCAAAUCAUAAAUCUGUGUAUCUGGAUUACUUGUUGGUCGUUCCUGCCGAUUUGUACACGGCUAGAAUUUUGGAAGAGGAUACUUUUGAUAGAACUGGAGAAUUUAUUGCCACCUGUGGAAGUAAUCAUUUCAAUAUUGAUACAAGUCAUGCAGGAUUCUGCAGAGACUCUGUGUUUUCAAUAACGGCCGGCCACAACAACGGUGCGCUACCCUGCAAUUGCGAUUUUGACGGAUCCCUAAGCUUCGAAUGUGACAAAUUCGGCGGACAAUGCAAUUGCAAGCCGAACGUAAUCGGGCGCAUGUGCGAGGCGUGCAAGACUGGAUAUUACGGUUUUCCUGAUUGUCAACAGUGCAACUGCCCUUCGACUAUACUUUGCGAAACGUCAACAGGUAAAUGUAUUUGCCCCGUUCAUGUCACCGGCGCGCUGUGCGAUCAGUGCAUACCGUACACUUACGGCUUUGAUCCUAUUAUUGGCUGCGUCCAGUGCAAUUGUAACCCACUUGGUGUCGAUAACGAUUUACAAUGUGAUCUACUCACGGGCAGCUGCAAGUGCAAGCAGAAUAUUGUUGGACGCGAAUGCAGCACCUGCGCCGAUGGGUACUUCGCUUUUCCCUACUGCGAAAUUUGCGAAUGCGACUUACGUGGGACUACAGAUAAAAUUUGCGACCAAACAUCCGCGGAAUGUCUUUGCAAAAAGCAAGUUACUGGUCCCACUUGCGGCAUAUGCAGGGAGGGAAGUUUUAAUUUGCAGAGAAACAACGAGGAAGGCUGCACCGAAUGUUUCUGCUUUGGAAAAACCACUCGCUGUAUCAGUUCCAAUUACAUACAAACCGCAGUCUUCACGAUGGAGGACUGGAAGCUCGUCUCAAUUAACACCACCGCAAAUUUGGCUAUAGUGCCAUUAAACACUAGCACUGUCGAAAUUGACAAGUACACCACUAUCAGUGCGGAUUUCACUUUUGAAAAUGUCAAAGAGAAGGUUGUCUAUUUUUCCGCUCCUCGUUCCUAUGUAGGUUCGAAGUUAACAUCUUACGGUGGAUUUUUGAAUUACACUAUCUUUUAUAGUAUUGGACUGGAUGGAAAGGCAAUUUUUGCGGCGGAUGUAAUUUUGGAAGGUGCAGGGUCGUAUUUACUCCAUUAUAGCUAUGAGCAGCCUGCCGUUGCGCAAAACUUCGAUGCCAGAUUGCAGAUUGUGGAAUCGAACUUCGUUUUACCAAAUGGACAGGCCGCAAAACGUGAACACAUCAUGACAGUGCUUCAGAAUUUACGUGGAGUUUAUUUAAGAGCCACUUACUGGACGGCGAGCGUCGUUUCUAAAUUAUCAAACGUGCUAUUGGAUGAUGCAGUACCAAUGCAAUACUACCACCAAGACGGUCACUUUAAAUUCGCCGCCUCCGUAGAACAAUGCCAGUGUCCUCCCGGAUAUGACGGUCUCUCUUGCGAGUACUGCGCUGCAGGCUAUUAUAGGAUAAGUUCCGGACCGCAUGGGGGAUAUUGCGUUCAGUGUCAAUGUAAUGGGCAUGCCGACGAAUGCGAUGUCAACACUGGAGUUUGUUACGGUUGCAAGCACAACACGCGCGGUGAUCACUGCGAGGAAUGUGCGGUCGCCUACCAUGGCAACGCGUUACAAGGCACUCCGAGCGAUUGUUUAAUAUGCGCGUGCCCUCUACCGGUCGCUUCGAACAACUUUGCAAGCUCAUGCGAAGUGAGCGCGGACGGUGAGAAAAUCAGUUGCCAGUGUAAUGAGGGCUAUUUCGGGGCGCGAUGUCACUCCUGCGCCACCGGCUAUUACGGGCAACCAGAAAACCUGGGCGAUUAUUGCAAACCUUGUGCAUGCUCGGGCAAUAUCAACCCAACCGAGAUCGGUUCGUGCGAUACAGUAACCGGUGAAUGUUUGCGCUGUCUUAACAACACGUACGGCGAAACUUGCGCGUUAUGCGCGCCUGGAUUUUAUGGCGACGCGAUUUUAGCUAAGGAUUGCCAACCCUGCAUCUGCGAUUAUGUUGGAACUCACCAUUGCAAUAGUUACACCGGACGGUGUGAAUGUAAACCAAACGUUAUCGGUGAAAAGUGUGAUCGUUGUCAAUUGGAUCAUUUUGGAUUCCAAUCCGGACAGGGUUGUAUACCCUGUGCAUGCGGAGUUGCUUCUUUAAGCUCACAGUGCGACGAUUCUACUGGGCAAUGCAUGUGCAAACCAGGCGUUACUGGGCGAACCUGCGAUCGUUGCGCGCCCGGGUUUUGGAAUUAUAGCGAAACAGGAUGCAAUUCUUGUGGCUGUAAAACGGAAUACUCUGUCGGAUUCGGAUGCAACACUCAAACGGGGCGUUGUGAAUGUCUUCCUGGUGUCGAGGGUGAAAAGUGCGACCAGUGCCCGUUCCGAUGGGUAUUUAUACCGGAAGUUGGUUGCCACCCUUGUGACAAGUGCAUUGACAAUUUAUUGGAUGAUACUGCAGGUUUGCAGUCUCUAAUUCAACCCUAUUUGGACGAAUUUUAUGCCGCCGAUUCAGGAUACUUCACCACUCAACGAUUGUCCCACAUCAACCACACAUUAGAACAGUUACGACCAAGAGUUGAAAAACUCGACCCGAACGCCAUCGAUCUAAGCCCCACUCUAUUAAACAUUCAAGCGCUGGAACAAUUCGCCGAAAAUCUAAACAGAAAGGCCGUUUACUCGACGACCAGCGGUAAAGACGCGGCUUCGGUCGUCGGCGAUGUCAACGCCCAAUCGUACGUCGUUCUCGAGGGGGUGAGAGACGCCGCCGCGCAGGCUAACGCCGCGAUAGUCAACAUCGAAACCCUAUCCGCGAGUUUGAUUUCGGGAGAAGGCCCUAAGAUCGAGGCCGCGCUCAUGGAAGCCGAAGAGAUGCUGGAGCAGAUUAAGGCGUUCGAUUUGAAAGAGAAGGAGAGCGGCGCCAGUGCCGUGCUGACGAAGGCGAACGAGCUGAUCAGCAACUUACGUGAAUUCAAAAAACCUGCGGAUAAAACCAGUCAGGAGUUUAACAGCAGCAAGAGUAAUUUAAAUCAGUUCGCUAAGAAUUUAGACGACUUGUAUAAUCAGACGCAGUAUUCACUCAACAAGGCUCAAGAGGCAGAGAAGUGGAUAGCAAGCAUAAAGAAAGAAGCGUUAAUAAAAAAACUUGACGCCAUUAAAAACCAAACGGAUGAAAUCUACAAGAAUAUGAACAACUCGCAGGCAUUGCUAAAGAAUGCUACAGUGUACUUAAACAAGGCAAAUAUUGCAUAUAAUAAAAUUGCUGACGAGCCACAAUCUCUGGAGCAAGAAAAUGUGAAACUGGGUAACACUCUUGACUUAUAUUUAAAACAAUUGGAAAGUGUACAGGAGUUGAUGCCCGAAGUUCAGGAACACGCCGCUAAUUUAUCCAUUUCCGCCGAAAGAUUUGAUAACUUAUUCACCGAAUCUAGAAAUAUUUCGACAAACGCUAUUCGAGCGGCCACGGCCUAUAAAAGCAUAGUGGAUGCAGUAGACAAUGCGGAAACUGCGGUCGAAUUGGGCGAAACCGCGGCCGGCGAAGCUGCUAGUUUAUUGUUAGAAGUACAAGAGGAUACCGGAUCAUCGCAUGACAUCUCCUCCAAGUUGCUCAUUGAAGCUGAUGCGGCCAGUGAAAAAGUGCUCAAUGAUAUUUAUCCGCGUCUUACAAGCGCAUUUACAAAGGCACGUCCUAUUCGCGCCGUACACGAAAAUAAUGUGGAGCGUUUAGACAACAUCGAGAAAUUCUUACGGCAACCGCACGCGCAAAUUCUCGACGAGCGGCUUAUUGAAGCCUCGAAGAUAGUGAGCCAUGCGGAUGAUUUAGCAAAGGAAACUCUCGCUAAAGCUUCGCAACAUUUUCUUGAGGUGUCCAAAGAGAAACAAGCUUCGGAAUAUUUACCAAAUAAGUUGGACGACACCCUACGAGAUAUUAAUAAAGCCGACAAACAAGUGAGGAGCGUCAACGAGCGCCUGCCGAUAAUCCAGCGCGAUCUCGAGAACAUCCCGGCGAGACAGGCCCGCAUACUUGACGUUGGCAAGGAGAUAGCUGAGAAAAUCAAAAUACUCAACCAACAGAUCGCCUUAGCGCGCGAUGUGGCGAAUCGUAUCGAAGUCGGAGUGAAAUUUUAUCGCAACACGACCCUCGAACUACAAAAUCCUCCAAAUCUGAAUGACCUGAGUACUUCUGCUCAUAUUUCUGGCUACUUCAAGACUAAGGAACCCAACGGUCUCCUAUUUUACCUUGGCAAUGGUAUCGGGACUAAUUUACGACGAACAUCUUCGGACGAUUUUAUGGCCCUGGAAGUGGAAAAUGGUUAUUUGGUGUUUACCAUGGAUGUCGGUAAUGGACCACAGCGCGUUGUUAAUAACAAAUUUGUUUCGAAUGAUACAUGGUAUCAGUUCAUCAUUGACAGGACCGCCCAUAACGUAAAACUAACCGUCCGCGAACAGGUCGGUAGCGAGGUCAUACUGCACGGUACACCCGAAGAACUGCAAGGACCGAAGACCAUAUUCAAUUUGGAUCGAAACCAAUCCAAACUGUUUAUCGGAGGCUACCCGCCGCAGUUCCCCAUACAAGAGCAGAUCAUUCAAAAUUCGUUUGACGGUGAAAUUGAAGACGUGGUCAUCGGCGAAACCCCAAUCUCCCUUUGGAACUUUGUCGAAGGAAAUGAAAACAACCACGGGGCGACGCGAAGAGAUCAACUUCUUGAACUGCACCCGAGCACCGGUUUCAGAUUUAACGGUUACGGUUACGUGAUUUACGACGCAAGGUCGUUCCUUCUAAGAGGCCGGUCAGAUGUACAAAUUAGUUUUAAAACUUUUGCUCCAACAGGAUUAUUAUUCCUGAUGGCUGGUGGUAAGAGUAAAACGUUUUUGUCGCUUGAAAUCAAGGAUGGCCGAAUUCUGUACCAGUACAACUUGGGCGCGGGAACGAAAAUGUGGAUUACUCCGAAGAUGUACAACGAUGGUAACUGGCAUACCAUCGAAGCUAGCCGCGAGGGUUCCAAGGGUAGAUUUAUUGUCGACAAGGAGGAUAUGCCGGAUAAUACCGCGGAUGUUGGUGGAUCCGCCUUGGAGUCAUCGGAGACGUUCUUCUUCGGCGGCUAUCCGCAGGAACACCACGUGAAAGAUGUCACCAAUGUGGAUUUCGACGGGUGUAUCGAUAAUGUGGCAAUAAUGGGCAGUCCACUUGACUUAAGUCGACAUAUUAAGGCGUAUGGCGUUGUACCUGGUUGUCCAGAGAAGUUCGCAAGGAUGGUUUCAUUUAUAAGCGACCGACAAGGAUAUAUUGCCAACAGUCACUUUUCGACAAGUGAUGUUUUCCAAAUGAAUCUUCGAUUCAGAACCAAAUCAAAGGAGGGACUCAUACUUUACGCAAGCGACAAGUUUAACAAUGAAGGUAUUUCGUUAGGUUUAGUAGGUGGUCGAUUGGCGCUGAUUAGCCAGAAAGUGCAGCUUGACAGUGGCGAAAGCAGUUACAAUGAUAACGAGUGGCACGUGGUCACCAUUACACACAGUAGCCAAACCUUACGAUUAGACGUCGACGAUCAUGAUAUCAAAAUGUUGGGGUCGCCACCAACACCCUUACGAAUAAUGUAUGGAGACAUAUACUUUGGUGGGCUUCCGUCGAACUUAAAUAUCAAUCCAUCCAUGUUUGCAACAACCAAGUUCUUUAGUGGAUGCAUUGUCGAUGCCAGUCAAAAUGGUGAUAUUAUUAAUUUCGCCAGCUUCACCGAUAGAAAAGGUGAAUUUUUGGGGAAAUGUAUACUGGAUGAACUUAUAGGAAGUGAAACCAAUGUUCAUACAGUACCGACAUUGCCACCAAUUCAUGAAAUUGAAUUUGGUACCACAGAACCACCUGCAGUUAAAACAGAGGAGCCAUACAUCGCAGGUAUUCCACAAAGAGGAGAUGGAGGUAGAGAAAGUAAACCACUAAUACCUGAAAAAAAACCUGAAGUGGCAACCGAGAGGGUAGAGUUUCACACUGUCCGCGCACCGGACCCGCCUACAACCACACUUCUCUCAGUAUUUGGAGAAGUUCCUGAAAUUGAAUCGGAAGAAUUCCCGGAAGUAGUACCACCUGUGCAUGUAGCGCCUGUUACCGUACCACCUACAGAACCACCGGUACCCAAACCGUCGUGCGUUUUGCCAAUGGUGCCAGCAAUCGAUGUUACUUCACCGACUCGAGCAUUCAAAUACUCACGAGACAAGCAGAGUCGAACCGAGUACAAUACAACAAGAGGAAGAAUGCGAAAGCACUAUGACUUUACGUUCGAAUUCAAAACAACAGCCCUUGAUGGUAUUAUUUUCUAUGUAACAAACCCAACAGUUAUCCAACACGUGGCAUUGUACUUAAAAGAAGGACGUGUGGUGUAUUCGUUUAACGGCGGUACAGGUGCUGCCGUUUUACGCUCUGAUGGUACCUACAACGAUGGCGAAUGGCAUCACGUUAACAUCAGCCGUAUCGGUCCCGAAGGUAAAUUAAUCAUCGACGACCAAGUGGUUAUCGAAGGGCGCACUCCGAAAAAUAUCAGCACCAUACAGCUCUACCCACCUUACUACGUUGGCGGCGUCCCGCAGAGUAAAUUCGCCAACGUUUACGCCAACAUAAAUUCGACGGCGUACUUCGACGGUUGCAUCAGCAACUUCUACAUGAACUCGUUCGUCAUGGACGAUCCGACGAAUAUCGAGGUGAUGAGGUGCUUGCGGGACGUCGAACCGGGCGUCUUCUUCGGAAUUCAAGGCGGUUACAUGAAACUCGAGGAGAAGUUCAAGGUCGGCUUGGAGAUCGACAUUAAAAUGGAAAUAAAGCCGAGAAAUAUCUCGGGCUUGCUUAUAUCGGUUCACGGCAAGCGAGAUUAUUUGGUUUUGGAAAUGGUGGAUGGUGUCAUUAAGUUGACGGUUGAAAAUGGAAAGGGACCUAUAUACACCUCCUUCAAACCUGACAAGCCUCAUUAUUUCUGUGAUGGACAGUGGCACAGCAUUCAAGCGGUCAAAUCGAAAAAUGUGGUGACUCUUUCCGUCGACAGCACGUUCACGGAGCCGGGCGUUGGCGAUUUUCGGUCGCAAUCGACCGACACUGGCGGCGCCCUAUUCCUGGGCGGACAUCGACUGAUAAAUCGCACGCGCGGAUUAUCGACGAGAUCAUCGUUCAUCGGAUGCAUCAAGGACAUCCAAAUCAAUAACAAUCCGAUUUAUUUGGAACAACGAAUGGCAGAGGGUCACGUUACAGUUGGAUCAUGUCCGACCAUUUAAUUUUAAUAAAAACCUUUCAUUUGCAUUAUUUGCGUUUUAUAUUUACUCUCUUUUUAUAUGUCACUUAUUAUAAUUAUGACGUCUCGCUUAAGUAAUUGCAUUUAAUAAUAUAUGAGAUAGCCGAA